AUGCACCCAUUAUACAAGAACCUCUCUUUGAAACAGAAAUUAUGCUUCCCUCUGCUGAUUUGUAAAAUAUUACUUCCGCGACUGCUAAACAUGGCACAAGAAGAAUUUCAAGAAUUUUUUUUCUUUUCCAAGAAAUCGAACAAAAGGAUCCGUAUCCCUGAAGGUGAAACUGUAAUUGGGCGGGGCACAUUUCUAAAUAUAAAAGAUAUGAAAGUGUCAAGGUCACAUGCCAUAAUCUCUCUUCAUGAGAAAAAGCUGAAGAUCAAGCCUUGUAUUGCUUGGAGGGCUUUGGCACUAAACAUGGAUUGGUAUUACCAAAAGAUGUCCUCAAACCCUACAUUUUAUUGGAAUGACAACAAAAAACUACAACUUCAGAAAGAUACUUGGAAAACUCUAGACUGUGGUGAUAUCAUAUCAUUCCUUCCAGAAGAUUUCAUCUUUACGAUUGAGGGAGAUAACACCACGAAAAGAUGCAAUGGUAAUGAUGUGACAAUAAACUCUGAAAUUAAUCAAGAUGUAUCUCUUGAGAGUAAUAGUGAUGAGAAAGAAAGUAAAGAUGGACAGCUAACUUGCAAACAAGUACCAGAUGAGCCCAAUGACCCAAAAUCAGUUGAUGUUUCAGACUCAGAGGAAUUUUACAAAAUACCUGAGAUGAGGUGUGAUAGUUUAAAAUCAAACAAUGAUGAUUUAAUAGAUGAAGAAGGAGUAGCUGACAACAUCACCUUUGAAGCAAAGACUCCAACGAAAGAUGAAGAACCACAAGAACAAGAGAAAACAAAUUCAAAUACAACUUUGCCAUUGGCUGACAAAAAAAGGGUGUUACCAUGCUGGAUGACGGCAGUGCUGCAACAAAACACUUCUCCAAAGAAAACAGGCGGAAAACCAAAGGAUGCUAGAACUCCUUCAAAGAAUCAAAAGCAAAGAUCAAGCACAGCGAAAAGUCAAUUCUCACCAAAGGCAAAAACACUUGCAGACAAAAACUCAGAUGUUGAGUCACCGACUCAGGUUGAGAAUAGAAAGAGAACAUUAUCAGAGAGAGAAACCAACGCCAAUCCAAUUUCUGACACAAAACGUCUAAAAAUUUUGACCGAAGAUUGCAAGGAUGAACCUGUGAAGUCAAAUCAGAUUUUGAAGGAGUCUAACAAUGAGCAAAAUGUCAUGGAUUCUGGAGGUUCAAAUAUAAUGCUUGACGAUCGUAAAGAAUUAAGUAUUGCAUGUGACAAAAAUCUUGGAAGUAUAGCAGCAGAUAUUGACUACCAAAAAUCAGCAAAAAACACAGUAAAACAUGGUGAGGGGUCAAAGAACAAAAUAUCAAAGGAUGAAAGUUCACAAAUUAAAAAGGCAAAAGAUGGAAAGAAUAUAUCUCAGUGCGUUUCAAGCGAAAAUGAAUCUAUAGAUAAACUACCAAAAUGCAAAUAUGGCAGGUCAUGUUACAGAAAAAAUCCGGCGCAUUUCAAGGAAUUUUCCCACAGUGACAAUAGUGAUGAUGACAAAGAUGAGUCUUCAGAGCAAACUGAUGACAGGCCAGAAUGUCCGUAUGGAACUAGCUGUUACAGGAAGAACCCACAACACAAGCUGGAGUACAAACACACACAACACCUUGCUGGUGACCUGCCGUCGACAAGGAAGUCAGCCAGGACCAGAAAACAACCGAAAAAGUCAGUUAUUGCAGGAGACAGCGAUGAUGAUGCCGAUGACAACGAUUAUGAUUAUGAUGACAGUUUUAUUGACGAUAACAUGGAUGCCGAGAGCGAAUCUUCUAGUUAUGAUGACGAUAAUUGCGAAGAUGAAGACUGGUCUCCAGAUGAAUUGAAAUAAUUCAUGUGUCCUUGUUUUGAUGUGAAUGUCUAUCGUUAAUUUGCUUGCACGUUGUUAGGGGUAACGGAAGCAUUCAGGUAUCUUUUUGUUGUAUUGUAGAAGCCUGGCCUUGACCCCCACCUGAAUAGAGCCUUAUUUUUGUUAAGAGGAUCGUAUGAAGAUGCGGUGAACCUAAAAUAUGUACAUGCUUUUUGUAACGGUGAUAGUCAACCGUCUUCUUGAAAAAAUGAAUUUAAGUUAAAGCAAUGCUUGUUUGAAAUGUAAGCUGCUCUUGCUUAGAUUUCUUGCUGCAGAGCUAGAAAACGUUAAAGGUUCCUUUCAAGGUUAUGUUCCUCAACCUGGAUAAACAUUGACUCUACUUUGCACUUGUUCUUUUUAUUUGGAUAAUUUCAACCAUGACGCGGUUAUUUUCUGUGAAGCUUCUUCUUUGACUCUCUCUUUGACAUGUCUCCUACGUUUUGUUUGAUGGCCUUUGGUACCUUAAUGUAUAUUUUGCUUUUUCAAAACGAGGUAAUAUAUUUAACGAAAUCUUUUAACCAUCAUGCAAUUCAGUCAUUUUUGGAACAUCAAUGCUGGCCUUUCCUGGUGAUGUUUUGCUUUUCCAAGUCUUUUUAAUGUCUUUAUUUGCAUGUAAUUGCAAGUAAACAGCUCUUACAAUACGGUCAAUGCUUUGUCUUAAAAUGACGCACCUUUGUAUGAUGUUUUAUUUUGCAUAUUUAUGCGUGUAUGAUUUUGAACUCCGUUUCAAAGACUCUUGAUUUAGUCUACAUGCCUUUAUUUGUGAGUAUGUGAGUAAUGAGGGACUGGAACGAGAGUUACUGUUGUUGUUGUUAGUGAGCGAGAAAGAAGAUAAAGUUUAAGUUGAGAUAUAGGGUGGAUAGGUAGCAGAAGAGGUUGUACAUUUCAGUAGGGGAAUAUUGAAGAAGAGAAACUGAAUUAUGGUUUUUAUUUGUCUUCUUUCUUACUUGCUUCCUUACACUAUAAACGAUUCUACUUUGGUUUACGUCUCUGCCCUUGUUUAUCAAACUAAGCCAUUAAGGUCAUACAGUAUUCGAUUUUUGUAUAGACGGGACGAGUUCAGGGGCAGCAUUUUUACCUAAUUUUGGCUACCUAAACCCCCUAAAAAAUAAAUAUAACACAGUCCCGAAAGCUCCUCAUUAAAAAACGUCUCCUUCCUCUUUAUACCUUCAGACACUGCUGCAAAACGCUUUCACUGUGUUUUGAAAAUAUCAAUCAAAUGCACACCCUUAACUUGAAACGUAAGCCGAAGAAUCAAUUGAAGUGAAUACAUUAUAAACCUGAGAAAACAACAAGAAGUUACAGGAACAAGUAUAGAUUUAAUCUGCGAAUCGAUUCCUUACGAUUGGCUGUUGUAGAAAUUUAGUAUACUGAUCAUUUCGUUGCAUGCUCUGAUUAUUCAAACAAUCUUUUGGUGGUACAAAACUUGUAAAUGGCUUUGAAAAAAGCAAACAUUUAGUAAACUAAAGCUUUUCGUCUGACACUCUUCAGAGUUUGAAACGUCAGAACAUAGAUCGAAAACUCUACGCUAAGAAAUAUAUAUACCCAGUUGUGGAUCGAAAUAGGCCAAUCAGAAACACGAGCACAUGACUGUAAAGGUUGACCAAUCAGUGCCGCUUGCCUAUUAGAAUGUUACCAGUGGAGUCCUAAGGUGAAAACGAACUCCUUUUGUCUACACAGCAGCGGUUUUUUCGUGCUUAUGUAGAUAGAUUCUAAAACUGCUAGGUGGAACGACGAUCGGGCUUUACCAAUAAUCCGAAACAUGUCGCCAUUAUAGUUUUUUGCACAAUCUGGGUUCUCUAGCAAAUGCUGCCCGAUAGCAGAAUCGCAGGUUUUAGUUGUAAUUUUAGAUUUGCAAGACCGAGGUGGCUGUUCUCUUUGGGGAUGGGUUUUGUUUCUAAUAUUAGAUGGAACAUGUUGUUCUAUCCUAUCCUCCAAUCUUUGGGUGGUGCGUCCUACGUAGCCAGAAUCACACUGGCACGUAAAUUCAUAAACAACAAAACUUUUUUUGUGGCAGGAACGCAGUCCUUUUGAAUGGACGGAAGGGCCUUUUUUGUACUAUAAAUAACACGUGGGUUGACCGCGAAGAAACAAUUUGUUAUGGCCUGUUUUAUUUGGCUUUCAAAACGAAGGGAGUUGUUACCGAUCCAGGGUAGUUUUAGAUAGACCGGGCACUUUUGAGGACCAAAUUUUACGUCAGCCGAGAAAUUUCCUAUCUUCUCCUUAAUGUAAACUGAAAUGACAUCCUCUGGAUAGCCGUUCUCCAGAAAGAUCUUAGUUAGUUUUUCAAGUUCCGAGUCAAGUUUAGACUUGGAACAAAUUAUCAGUGUCCUAUGUGUAAGCGUUUUGAUGAGGCUGAUUUUUCUUUGUUUUGGGCAAAACGAACUCCAUCGAGUGUAUAACCCCGAAAAUGUGGGUUUACGGUAAACACUAGUGAGAAAUCCAGUGUCAGAUUUUUCAACCAAAACAUCCAGAAAUGGCAAGGAGUUAUUUUCUUCCUUUUCAAAUGUAAAAUGUAGGGCUGUGUGAAGGCCAUUAAGGCGUUAUAGGAAAGUAUCACACUCAGCCUCUGUUUUGAAAAUAGUAUAUGUGUCAUCCACAUACCGAAAAUAGACACCUGGCUUUUGGUCGCAGUCAAACAAACGCUCUUCAUGAAAGCCAACAAAGAUAUUGGCCAAGGCCGGUCCCAGAGGGCUACCCAUAGCGACACCAUCCUUUUGUUAGUACAUUUCAUUGUUAAAGCUGAAUUCAACUGAACGUGUUGCAGUUUCCAUCAGUUCAAUGAAUACUUCCUCUGGGAAUGGUGGGCUAUUAAGCUCGCUUCGGUACAUAUUUUGCGUCGGCACAUAUUUUGAUGGUCUCAUUCAAAGGGACAUUAGUGAAAAGACUGCUAAUGUCAAAAGAACACAUGAAAGAUGUUUCGUUUUCGAUGAUCAAAUUUUGCAUGAACUCAGCGAACGUAAAAGAGUCCUUGAUACAAUGUUUUGAAUAUUUUUGAAGAACAGGGUCCAAAACUUCAGAAAGCCACUUAGGCCCCGUUCACACGGGAACGCAAUCGUUCCGUUCCGUUCUUUUCCGUUCCGAAAAGCGGAACGCUCAGGGGUUGUGUUCACACGGGAACGCUUCAAACGACAUCGUUCCGUUCCAAAAAGUGGAACGAUAAAAUAAGUGAUACGAAAAGUGGAACGGUACGCAAUUGUUCCGUUCCGUUCC